AUGAUUAAAUAGCAGAUUAAGGACUAUAAAAUACCAUUAAGUAAGAGUGAUGAUCUCUUGUUUGUACAUGGAGUAGAUCAAGAAAAGCAAUAAAAUUUACAUGAAUCUCAAAUACGAAAAAGUAGUUUACAUGACUUUGUAUUGUAGAUGCCAAAAGAAUAAUAAAAUAGAAGGAACUCCCAUCAUUCAAUAACGUUCAAUAAUGAGAAUUAGAAAGUGAAGUUGCUGUAUGUAUUUAUUUUUUAAAAUUUCAGUCAUACGAAGAAAAAAAUACUUACUUAGAUAGCUUAAUACGGAUAUAAUGCUUAUAUGGCAGAGUAUAUAAUUUAGAAACAGAAAAUAUCUUUGGAUUAGGAUUAUUAGGUUGUUUUAGAUUUGGUGAUUGAAAAAAUUCAUUAGUUUGAAGAACAAUAUAAAUCUUGCUCUGGAAUACAAUUACAGAAAACAUCAUACAAAUAAGUUGUUCCAAUUUCAAUAGAUGAUCAAUAAUAAAUAGAUUAAUUUAUAGUUGAAGAGACUAGAUAAGAGUAAGCAAAAGAUGAUAAAGGGACUAAUGAUUGUUGUGGGAUUUGCUUGAGUGAGUACAAAAAUAAAUAGAAAGCUUUGAAUUGUAGACAUGAGUUCUGUUGUGAGUGUUUACAAAGUUAUUUGGAGAACAAAAUAAACAAUGGUUAAGUGUUGGAAAUUGAAUGUCCUUAACAAGGAUGUGAUAACUAUUUUAAUGAUGAUGCCAUAAAGAGUUUAAUAAACGACGAAUACUAUCAAAAGUUUGAAAAGUUCAAGAGACAAAAGUUGUUGGAUAGGGAUGAUACAAUAAGAUGGUGUAUCAGAACAGGAUGCGACAAAUACAUUAAGGGGAAGAGCAUGUUUAGCAAUACUAUAAAAUGCGAAUGUGGACAGGAGAUGUGUUAUGAGUGCAGAAGGGAAGAUCAUCCAGGGAUGACAUGUGAAGUAUGGAUUUGUGAUUAGCAAUAGGAAGCAUUAGACAAAUAUUACGAAUUAACUUUGAAAUAGUUGGUGAUCCAACGUUGUCCAAAAUGCAAAGCCCCAAUUCAAAAGAAGGAAGGGUGCAAUCAUAUGACCUGUUAUCAAUGUAGAUUUCAAUUUUGCUGGUUAUGCAGAGCAAGGUACACAAGAAUGCACUUUGAUUCAGACAAUUGCUUUGGAUGUCCAGGUAAUAGAGUUAACGUUAUAGAGAGAUAAGCAAUUUUCUAAUGAUGAGCCACAUUCUCGACCAAGAUGGAAGAAGUAUGGAGGGAUCAUCUUCGAAUUAUUUGCCACCGUACUUAUUCUACCCAUAAUCCCAUUCAUCUUGAUUUAUUAUAGCGUAAUGGCUCCGCUGAAACUGGUCAAGCAUUUUAAUCGACAAAGUUAUAGGCAAUUGGAGGAUGGAGAUAAAAUGUGCUUGAUCUUACUCGGAAUAUUCUUCUUUCCUGUGAUCAUGGUGCUCUUGAUCUGUCCAGGGCUACUUCUGCUAUUGGCGUACAAGAUAAAAUAUGAUUGA